AUGGGACCAGAAAACGAGGCAGACGACACACCUGUAUCCAGUGAGGACACGGCUGAAGCAGGACAAGUGACAAUAGAUUUGUCCGCAGAUGAACCCCAAAUCCAGGACCAGCAGACUGCACCACCACUUUUACCGCCGAGAGGUGACGGCCCGAAAAACAUUCCCGAGGGUGAUGUGGUGUGUGUGGGCAAAGAGGCUGUCCAGGAUAAAAAUGCUGUUAAUCUGAAACUCACCCAGUCUUCUAACUGUAAAAACACCAAGGUUAGGAUUCAAAGCAUUCUAGAAGAGUUGUGCGGCGAAGACUGCAAACUUGAAAUCUACCAGGAAGAUAACACAGACCAGAUCCUUGUAUCUGGACAGUACGUUGAAGAUGACGUAAAAGGCAUGGUCAACAAGUUCAACAAUGACAACAUUAAAGACAAGGCGGGUGUGAGAGAGGCUGUCCCUCACUGGAGGAAGAACUCUAAACUAGUGCUGGUCUCCCUACUGCUGACUGGCCUGCUGCUGGCUGCCCUGUUGGUUGCCGGUUAUUACUUUAAGACCCACCGCAAGAAUUCCAAAGGAGUACGGCUGGCUGAGUCUUACCAGGUGGAUGAGGAGAACCAGGCCAACACCUUGGUGUCCGUCGCCCCCCUGCCCCAGGAGCCUGUUGACAAGCCCGCUGCUGCCAACGGAGAAUCUCCACCAGAAAAUGGAACCAAUCCUUCCCCGACAACUAAUGGGCACUCUGCGACCGGCCAAACACCUGUGGCUGACACAGAGAUGUGA